UUGAGAACCAUUGUUGUAAUGGUAUGAUGGCCGCUCAAAUUUUCAUUGGAACAUGGGAGAUAACGAGUUGUAUAUCACCUGGAAAUCCAACCGAUAUAAAUGAACUUGAAGGUGUAAGAUUUCGUUUGGAUGAAACCGGUGACGUAACUUGGUAUAAUGUACCAGAAGAAGCAAAACAAACUCCUUUAUGUAAAUGUGAGACCUAUGAAAUUUACAGUACAUCGACUAUGGUAUUUAAUUUACGUUUUGGUGCCUAUGCUGGGCAUGUCAUCGAAUUUCGAACUGAUCAUGUCGAAUGGAGUGAUAGUAUGAUAAUGAUGUGUGAAGGAUGGUGUGUUUUGAAUUGCAAACGAGUCAAUGAAGAUAAUUCACAAACUUGUACGGAUGUUCCGUUUUCAUUAUUGCCAGCAUUAGAAGACGGCUAUUUUUCUGAUUUAUGUAUUUCUUCGGAUAAUAAUAAAAAAUUUCAAGUGCAUACAUGCGUUUUGCAAUUAAUUGCUAGUGAUAUUGAUUGGUCUAGUCAGCCGCCUCCACUUAGUGGCCUUCCUGAACCUGUUCUUGGAACAAUUUUACAUUGGUUAUAUGCUGAAUGCCUUCCACCAAAUUUGUCUGAGCUUACAGCUCAACAAGUGAUGACAGCAGUAACUCCAUAUCCUUCAUUGGCAAAAUUAAGUUUAUCCUGUCAGUUAUAUUUGAAAAAUAUGGCGUUAAAACAACAAAUAAUUGAUUUAGUAAGUGAUAUGCAUGCAUGUUGUGCACAAAUCAUCGAUUACUUUAACACGAAAAACUCUCAGUCGGAUAAUUUAGUUUCAAAUCCAGCAAAAUUUUCUUAUGUAUUAAAACAAUCUUUUCGUGAAGCUGCCGUUGCUGGUGCAAAAUUAUUAUUAUUGUGCGAUUUAUUCACAAAGAGAAAAGGGGAGUUAAAUCAAAAUGAACGUCAUGAGAUAAUUCGAUACGCAAAAACACGUUUACCAAUAUUUAUGUCACAAUUACAUCGAUUUUUACAAGCAGUUAAAACUACAUUUGGUAGUAUGUCAGCAGCUCAGAGACAAGAAGUUGCUACGUAUUUAAUUCCAGAGAUUGAUAGUGGAUUAGAACAGCUAUCAAGUUUAAUACUGUCGUUAAAAACAGCAUUGGAUCAAAUUAUACAUGUACUAUCCGAAGGUGGUAGAACUGAACAACCGAUUGUAGAAUCUUUAAAGUCUGUAUUUUUCAUUCGAGAAUUGUGUAAAUUACGUGAUUUUCAUGAUCACGUUACAUGUAGUUUGGGAUUGCUUUUACAUAAAAGAGAGAACUUUAAUGAUAUGACAGGAAGUCAAAAAAUUCGAUCAGUAUCACGAAACUUAGAGCAAUUGAUUGAAGAAUUACCAAUAUUUUUACUAAGAUUAGAAGAAGUAACAGCUGCACUUGAUGAAAAAUUAGAAUGGCGUGAAUUUAAAUUUUGUUUUAAAGUUGGAACGAGUAAAGUUGCAGCUGUUUUACACAAAUUUGUGUCACAUCGUGAAGCAUUGCAAGAUGUUUUAACAAAAUUAUGUGAAAUUGUUCAACGAGAUGCCUUUACACAAUCACUUGUGAUAUUGGGUCUAUUAGAUCCAACACAUUGUUCUGGAUAUAACGAAGAUAGUGCUGUGAAUCAGACUGAUACCAAUUCUACCCCAAAACAACAUGGCUAUAAGCUAAAUUUAGUUGAAUCUCUUUGUACACCACCCACAUCAAAUAACUCUUAUUUAUCAAAAAAAGCCUUACAAUUAUUACGAUCAGGGAAAGAUGCUGAUAUGGAAUUUGAAGUAUGCUUCAAUUUGGAUGAAAGCACACAAUCGCCUGAAGGUGCACAAAAAUCAUUGACAUCAUCCUUACUAAAUACUUCAACACCAACGUCAACUGCCACAAACGAUUCAUCAAUCACAUCAAUAAAUAUGGAGAAAGCAACAAUUAGUACACAUCGUGUUAUAGUAGCUGCACGCUGUGAUUGGUUUCGACGUGCAUUAUUAUCAGGAAUGCGUGAAGCGAUUAAUAAAAAAAUUGUCAUACAUGAUACAAGUUUAUUUUUAUUUCGUGUAUUCUUAGAUUAUUUGUAUAGUGGAAAAUUAGUACCGGAAACAUUAACUAACGAACAAUUAGCUGAUUUAAUGAUGUUAAGUGAUGGAUAUGAAUUGGAUUUGUUAAAAUUAGCGUGUGAACAAGGACUUAAACGUUAUAUUGAUGAUGAUUCAGUAUUAUAUUUUUUAAGUAUGGCAGAUCAAUUCAAUGCUAAACAAUUGAAAACUGCUUGCACCAAUUAUAUAUCUCAACAUCCAAGUGUACUUGAUAGUGAAUUAUUUGGUGAAUUACCAAAUGAACUUCAAGCCGAAUUGUAUGAAUUGGCAUUAUGGGCCCGUCCUUCAUCAUCCCGUCCAAUAAAUAACAGUAUUUCAGCAGAUUCCGUAGAUGAUAUAUUUCCACAACAACCAAAUUUAACGGGAAUUGAAGAAAUGACCGCUAAUUUACGAGUUAAUCCUGAUUUGAAUUCUGUAGAUAAAGAAUCUAUGGAAGAAUUACCGUUAACUCAUGAUUCAGCUCGUUUAGAAUCAUGUAUUGCACAGUUACGUGAUAUAGUUGGAGAACAUGCUGGUAGAGAUGAAUUAAUUCAAGUGGCUUUAGCUGCAGACUAUGAUGUUAAUAGGGCAAUUAAUUUUUAUUAUUCUUCAUGAAAAUAAAACAUUAUACAACCUUUAAUAAGGACACCAACAGUAGUAAGCUAAGAAAGAAAAUAAAAGUGAAUUAAUCUACCAAACAUUGUUCUAAUUUAUUUAGAACACGAUAAUGUUUUCAGAAUGAUUGUAUUACUUGUGUAGCAGGUAUAAAAUAUGAUGUUCUUAUACAGUGGAUUUACGAUGGUAUGGGUUUGCCAGAUUUUGGUUUUAGAUGUAGAUGUAUGUAUGGCUUUGUUCAAAAUAGCCAGAUGCAUUUCAGUAUAUUGUUAUAUAUUCAAAAUAUUAUCAAUUGUUUAAUGACGGAAAGAUCACGAAUACGCCUGUUUAUGAAUAGUGGAUUUUUUUUUUGAGAAUUUUUGAUUGUUUU